CAAAAUCAUUAAAAAAAUGUCAAACUUUGGAAAGACAAGCAUAGCUACAACAUGUCCAAGUUGCAAUUCAUCAGUCAACACAGCUGUUGAAAUGGAAUCAACUGGCACAACUCAUAUUGUUGCACUUUUGCUGUGUAUCUGCUUCUGUCCACUUGUUUGCUGUCCUUAUCUGAUGAAUUGCUUCAAAACAUCAAAUCACUACUGUCCAUCAUGUAAAACACUCUUGGGAACAUACAAAGAUUAAAUUAUCAAAAUUGAUCAUCGCUGCCUGAGAAUAUUCAGCACAAAUGGCUAUGAUCUGUUUAAAUUAAAUUCAAUUGGAUUUUCUGACUGUUUGAAUUUAUUAGCAUAGCCAAGGAAGUUCAAUAGAGUCCAGACUUUUCAGGAUGUUUAACAUUUGACACAAUUUUUUGAUUGCUUGAAUAAAGAUAAUUUUAUUUGCAUAUUUGCAGAAUUGAUUCUUGAAAUACAAUUGAUUUCAAAAUAAAGCGUUUAAAUUUACAAUGCUAUA